AUGUAUGGCGGUUUGAGAUUUUUAACGGAUGAGUACAGACUAUCUAGCUCCAUUUCGGAAAAGACAAACAUUGAGCUUAUUCAGCAAGCGUACCAUCCACGGUUACCGAAAGAAGCUCUUGUAGAAUUUUCUAUUAACAAUUCACAACUGCACGUUGGAGUUUAUGGUAUCAGUUACACAUCCAUUGCUACUUCUUCGGCUUCUCAGCUCAAAAAUUCCAACAUGAGUUCAGAAUCUCGUCACAGACAUUUUAUUACAGAAGAUAACGAAAUUGGUUUUUUCAGUGAAGAGUAUGUGUCUAAAAUUAAGGUUUCCAGUUUUUCUGCAGGUUUGGACCAUUUAACCAACGCAUUCAAAAUGUGCUCUCGCCUCCGUAACUUAUUGACCACCCAUGGUGUGUAA